GAUCUGGAUCACCGCUGUGAUAAUAAUCAGACAGAAGAGAGUCCAGAUGGCAGAUGCUUGGCCUGGUCUGGUUGAGAGCAAGAAAGGAAGCGACCUCCACCAGAUCACACUGACACCACUCGGGCGAGAAGAAACGAAAGGAAAAGAAGAGAAGACUAGGGGAACAGAUCUUACCGUGUUCAGUGUAUGUAAUGAUAUCCAAUCGCUUCUGUCUGUCUGGGGUAUGUUGUAUCGCCGGAGGUUACAAUGCUUGGACGAAGCUUCGAUCGGAAGAUCACCAAGUAAUCGAAUGACCGAAUGGAUUAUGUUAUGUUGUUCUGCGAUUGAAAAGCCGUGGGCUGGCCGACUGUGGGGGGUUUUGAGCGACUGCAAAAAAAAGAAUCGAGACUCGUCAAAAAAAUGA